AUGAAGAUUGCUGUUGAAACACAAGAAACAAUGCGCGUUAGGCUUGAACAAAAGCCUAGAACUAAACGAUCAAAUUCGAUGUACGGUAAAUGCCAACAUGUGUUUAAAAUUGAGCAACAAUUGCAAGAAGUAACUCUCACACAAGAAGAAAAAAUUUCUGAGACGGAUUGCCAAAAUUUUGUGCCAUCAUCCCCAAGCUUCCUUUACACCAAUCAACAUGCGGUAAUCCCUAACGACGCACCUGAAAUGCAGAUGUUAUAUCAGAAAAAUAGCACGAAUGAUACAUAUUAUGCUGAUAGCUUGGGACAUUCGUUUCAAGAAAUGUUUAGCAUGGAUAUAUCACAACUCCAAGAACUAUUUGGUAUAUUUGGCAUUAAUUACCAACAUUGA